UACUUCAUUACGUUACUUUAAUAACAAAUUAUAACGAGUCCGACAACUUGAAAUGUAUAGCAGUUGCUAUGGCUCGAUGUAAACGUAAACAAACAGUAUGACAAGUUAUGAUUGUGCGCACAAGGUUGUACACCAGCGAUAGCGAAACAUUUUGGCCGUGAAGGUGGAGUCGUGAAAGCAGAGAAUUACAUCCAAAAAUUGGAUUCUGAGGAAUCUUCAACAGUCAAAAUGCCAGUUACUGGCAAAAGUCAGAGCAAUGCUCCAAUAACGGACCAGAUUUCCGAGCUACAACGUAAAAUAGCUCUGAUAGAUGGCGAUCGUAAAGCUUAUUAUGAGAGCUCACAGUGGACCAUCAAACAGAAUCGAGAUGCCAUCAGCAAACUCCGUAAGGAGACCAAGAUGCUUCAUCGGGAUCUUGCCGAUAGCAAGGCCGGAGAUGAAAAAGUCAUCAACACUGCCUUCAAGGACCGCAAUGUGGAAAGGGCCUCACUAAGGGGCAAGUCUGGAAAGGAAGCUAUAUUACACAUGGACCAGAAGGUAUGUGAGUCCAAGAAACGUUUGAAUGCUGAGAACGCUCAGACCAUUAAGAUGGAGAAGAAGCUGGCAGAACUUGAGACGCAGUUGUCUCAGAUGAGGAAAGAUGCUUCAGAUGCAGAUGCUAUGGACACGGGAACCUCCAAUGAGGCUAUGACCUUGCGUUCUUUAGAAAACCGUCUGGACAAAGCUCUCUUGAAACUCCACGAGGCCGAGCACAUCAACGGUACGUACCUCGCUAUCAGGGAGCAGAUGAUCAAAGACAGUUUGACCUUUGGUAAUGACUUAGACUCCCUGGAGACAGAAAUCGAUAAACAGAAGUCGGAGUUGAAAGAUCUGCAGGCCAUGAACCGGGAUGCUCAGAUCUCAAGAGAUGCUGCCAAGGCUGAACUGUCAAAGCAUGAGGAGACGGUUUAUCGUGAGAGGAGAGAGCGAGAAGAAGCUCUGGCUGAUCUUAGGAAACAAGCCGAGGAAAAGAAAGCACAUGCCGAAAGGGUAGAGAGAAGACUCCACCGAGCAUCCAUCCAGCAUGACGAGUUGACUGUAGAGCAGAAGCAGUUUAUUAGUGGAGAGGAACAAGAGAAGAAAAUCGGUUCCUUUGAAGAGGCCUUCCACUCCAUCAAGGAUGCGACUGGAGUCAGUGACCUCCAGGAAGUAGUGAUGCGGUUUGAAUCUCAAGAAGAAACAACUAAACACCUUGAAGAUCUAAAGGAGAGCGGUGAGAAACAGGUCAACCGUCUCAAGGAGGACAAAUCUAAGUUGCAGAAGGAGUUUGAAGAGAUGAAAUACUCUGGGGAGGCAAGGCUGUCCAGCGGGCAAAGGAUGUUGGAAGAUUUCCAAACUCAUCUGAAGAAGGAGGAGGAGAGACGGGGAGACUCCCAAGACAAACUGGACCGGUCUAGUAAGAUCUUAGUCAACGUCAAAUCAGGCGUGGAACACUUGGCUGACAAACUACAACAUCUUAAAGCUACCAAAGGUCAUGUUCCGCAGGCACAGUUGUCCCCGACAUCAGACGAAUACGUCCUAGAUCUGUUAUCGACCUGUGAGGAGAAACUCUUGAAGCUCAUGGAGGACCUGGACGGCCAUGACGUUGAUGAUACUCUACAACAGAUGGAGGAAGAAGAAUUCCAUGUUGGAAUUGAGGGACAGAUGCCACAACAUAAUACACGCAUCAAGCUGACUUCUGUCUCUAGAGACUUGACAUAUGACGAUGAUGACGAAAGUGGAGAUGAUGAGGACAUUAUCACAAGAGGUCAACUCAAGAAACAAGCGCUGACCCUUGUCGAGUCCAAGAAUAAAAAGCAUAAGGUCCGCGCCCGCAAGAAGAAGGGAAAGUAAGCACUGGCAUCUGUGCUGAAAUGACCAUCAAAAGAGGGAGCCCUUUCCGCUACUUUGGCAGAAAAGGGUAGACGUGCUGUCAAAACUCUCAAUUGAACACCAUCCAUGGUGAACUGUUCCUUCGCUUGACUUGGGCCCAAUUUCAUAGAGCUGCUUAUAAGCACAAAAAGUAGCUAAGCACAACAAAAUUAUGCUUACCAAAAGAAGGUUACCAGUCAAAAUGGUAUUUCUGAUGGUACAAUCUGUGACUGGUAUCCUGCUUUGCUUAACAGAAAGUGUGUUAAAGCAAUUAUGUCCUGCUUAAAGCAGCUCUUUGAAAUUGAGCCCUGAACAUCUACAAAGUAGAAUCAUACAAAACAACUAAAAAUAAAUGUUUUGUUUUCCAGGGGAGACUGAAGGGAGGGCGAUUUUGUUUCUGAGAAUCUUUCUAGACUCGCUUACCUUGAAGUGUCAAAUUUCAAAGGGCAAGGCCAAAUAACUGACACCAGGCCCAAUCUCGUUGAGCCGCUUAUGCCGAAAAUACUGCUAUAAAAGCAAUAAUGAGCAGGAUACCAGGCAUAAAUUGUACGCGUGACGUGGUUCUUUGGCUGGUAAACUUUCUUCUGGUGAGCAUAUUUUUGUUUUGCUUAGCUUAUUUUCUGAUUAAGCAGUUCUAUGACGUCUGGCCUUGGGACAGAAUAAAGUGAGUGACAUUGUCUUUAUGCCAAAACAGUGAAAUACUGGAAAGCAAGGCUUACAUCAAGAUGUUGUUGAAUAAGGACAACAUCUUCAUCAUUUGGUUUGUUUCUACUUUGUUUAUCAUACUAUGUAAGUCAAGUGAUAGGUAUGUGUAAAUAUUAAUAAGAAAGUACGCUUUUGGAAACUAAUUUUGAAUUGAACAAUUUCUAAGGACAUUGAAUUGUACAUACAAUAGUUAUCAUCAAUACUGUGCAAAAUGCCAAUUCUUCCGGCAGUAACUAGAAGUUGUUUUUAAGUUUGCUAUAUUAGUUUGCUUCAGCAUUAAUUGAAAAAAAUGGCUGUCUGUUCACACUUAUAAUUCCGUCCUUUCUUUUGUAUAAAACAAUACAUGUACUUUUGCCUGGUUCAUUUUACUUAAUAGUGAAUACAAGGCGAGUUUUGUUUCCCAAACCGUCGCUAGGUAGGGGGUAUUUCCCUUUACUUUGUUUUGUGACAUUAUGAACUGGGGUUUGAUGUAAUUAAGUACAUUAAAGUAUGACUGUGAUAUUUAAACAAACAAAUAAUUUGUCAUUGUUUUGUUAUUUAUUUUGUAAAU